GAUGGAGAUACUGGGCAACCUGGGCGAGGAAGGAAUGGAGUUGGAGGAAUCAGCCACCACAGAAGCCCUUACAAACAUAAGCAUAGAUUGUUUCACCAAUGUCACCAACAUUACAUUUUCCCCCUAUUAUCAGCACUCUCUCUAUGUGGCUGCCAGCUACAUUGUGGCCUACUUCUUCAUCUUCCUGCUGUGCAUGGUUGGGAACAUCCUGGUGUGUCUGAUUGUACUGGAAAACCGUCAUAUGCGCACGGUUACGAACCUCUUCAUCCUCAACCUGGCUAUCAGUGACCUGCUGGUGGGCAUCUUCUGCAUUCCUACAACACUGGUGGACAAUCUCAUCACAGGCUGGCCCUUUUCCAACACCAUGUGCAAGAUGAGCGGCUUUGUGCAGGGCGUGUCUGUGUCUGCAUCAGUUUUUACUCUGGUGGCCAUUGCUGUGGAAAGGUUUCGCUGUAUAGUGUACCCUCUACAACCCAAGCCAACUGUACUUGUAGCCAAGGCAGCCAUCGUCUUUAUCUGGGUAUUGGCAGUGGUGAUCAUGUGUCCAGCUGCUAUGGCACUGACAGUGGAGAAGUUUCCUUUCCACUACUUGGUGUACAAUGACGACUUCAACCACAUGCUCCCUGUGUACAGCUGCUAUGAAAACUUUGACAACCCACUGAUGAGAAAGGUCUACACGGCAGUUCUGUUCGCUCACGUCUACCUGGUGCCCCUCACCGUCAUCACCCUGAUGUACGCAAGCAUCGGAGUCAAACUGUGUUCCUCCAUGGUUGCAAACAGAGAGCCACAGCUUGACAAUGCAGUCCAGGUGGUAGGUAGAAGGGGUGGCCAGCCAAUGAUAUCACAGAAAAAGAUCAAGGUGAUAAAGAUGCUCACCCUGGUGGCGCUGCUGUUCAUGCUGUCCUGGUUGCCCCUCUGGACCCUGAUGAUGAUGACAGACUAUGCAGGCUUGAACAGGGACCAGCUUGACCUUCUGACCAGCUACAUCUUCCCCUUCGCUCACUGGCUGGCUUUCUCCAACUCCAGCAUCAACCCCAUCAUCUAUGGCUACUACAAUGAAAACUUUAGGAGAGGCUUCCAGGCCGUGUGCAAGUCCAGGCCCUUCUGUUGCUUCAUGCAGUGCCAGAUGGGGAGGAGGGUCUCCAGGUGGGACAGGAAAGGAAGGUCUGGUCUGGCACCCUGUGGGGGCCUGGACUUCAGAGAUGCCAAUAGCAAUCACAACCAGCUCGUGUUGGGGCCGAGAAAUCGAGUCCAUAAUGACAACAAGCUGAAUGACACAGCAGAGGUGAACAGGAGUGCAAGAGGGCAGUGUGAGAUGGUCCAGUCAGAGAGAAGUCUUUCAAAUCGAGGAUUAGAAAUGGUACCUUUACCCAAGAAAGGCAGUAAUGAAGAGUCAGAGAGGGUCAGUUCACUGGCAGUGACAGUGUAUCACGCGUGGGAAAACUAAAGUCACACCGCUAAACAAAAAAAACUAAAAUGAACAAAACAAUGUUACGUUGUAGAGGCAACUAUAAAUUAUGUGAUAUCACUGGUUGAAAUUAUGGCAACAAAUCACAAUCGUAGUUCAAGGCAGUGC